AUAAAUUACUAUUGUAAGUGAAAGAGAAUUGUUUUUAGAUGCACUCAAGUGGGUGGGUAUGUUUGCAAAAGGAAACGUCAUCUUUAUGACUCUGGAAACAACAUCAAUAAAACUAUUAAUAGUUCCGAAGGCAGUUUAACUACGCCGCAUUAUCCAGAAAACUACUACAACAAUUUGGAUUUUUUAGUUAAAAUCAUUGGACCUGAGCGGACAAGAUUAAAAAUAAGAUUUUCCAGGAUCGACAUCGAAUUACAGCCGGAAUGUUUGUACGAUUACGUCGAACUGAAAUCCGUGCCAAAGGGCAACAAGAAACUGAUCGAAGAGGAAGAGGAAGGUGUCAGAUUAUGCGGAAGCCACGGGACUCAAAUGGAACGGUUUGAUUUCGUUUCGCGGACCAACGAAGCGGAAGUCAGGUUCCAUUCGGAUUAUUCAGUCACUGCCAGUGGAUUCUCUCUUACGUGGGAAGCGGUGGACGUGUCAGCGUGUCCAGUACAAACCCUAACAGCUAAACAAGGCACAAUAACAAGUCCGAAUUAUCCAGAUUUUUUGUUGGCCCAUCUAGAUUGUUCUUUUAUCAUUCAGGCGCCGCCUGGCAAAAGGAUUUGGAUCGAGUUUACCGAAAUCGAUUUGAUAAAAGGCGAAAAUGUUUUGUUCGAAAUGCAACUUGGCAAAAAAACGAAAAGUUUUCGUCCGUUUUUGAUCGACGAUCUCUUAACCGAAGGCAACUUCAUAUCAAUGGAAGAACUUCUCAAAAUCAAACUACAAACGGGCAAAUAUCCUAAAGGCAAAGGUUUUCGUGCCUCGUACAGAACAACUGACGAAAAUUCGAUGGAAGAAAAAAUAAUUCUAUUAAAAAACGAUUCUGUGGGAACCUUACUGCACCUAAACUACCCUCGACAAAGUCCGCCCUUGCAGGAUUUUCUGCAACGCUUCAUAGCACCACCCGGAUACGUAAUAUCCAUGGAACUACACUCGGUCCGUUUGAAUCACGGAGAUUGUAUCGACGGCAAUGGACUGAUUGAAAUUUUCGAUCGGUACUCGGACGCGAAUGGGACUUUAUGGAAAUUGUGCUAUCAAACAAACGAAGAUCAGAUAGAAGCCGACGCGCUGUUUCCUAGCCCUGCGAUCCACAUUCGAUCUUUUCUCAAUUCGAUACAGCUCAGACAAAAAAGCGGAGUCUUGGGAAACCCUCUUAAUGGGACUCUUAGGGUAAUGGCGGACGAAAACUACAAGAAAAAAUUGAUAAAUUACGGUCACAAGGACGUGGAAUCGUGCAAACCGAACCCGUGUCAAAAUGGAGGCAAAUGUACCAACAAAAAAUCGCAAAAGAUUUGUCAGUGUAUUGGACAUUUUACUGGGUUGUUCUGUGCAAUUACCCAAUGCGAUUUGGAACCGUGUGUUUUUGGUACGUGCGAGCUGACUGAUAACAGCUACAAGUGCCAUUGUAAAACUGACUACGUGGGACCAACUUGCGAACAAAAACGUAAACCUUGCGAAGGCAAUCCUUGCGAAAGCAGGGGCACUUGUAUCGAAAAAGGGAACGGAUUCCAGUGCCGUUGUCAUGCUUGGUGGGAAGGUGCAAGAUGUGAAAAACGUAUGCUCCACAUUCCUUACAAGCCCCUAAGCGAGCGAAUGCUUCGAGAGCCAUUUUGGCUCGGACUAAUGACCGUAUUCGUCGUAAUGGGAGUAAUUGGGUUAGUUUGGUGCGCCAAACGACAUUUCCCAGAAAAAAUCGAAAAACUACUAGCCGAAGAUGAUAAUAGAAACAGAAUUCAUUCGUUGCGUAGUACGUCGGUUCGAGAGCAAUUGGCAGCAGCUUCAGGAGCGUCGUCGACUGCGGCUUUAGCUGCAGCGACUCCAUCGCCGGGUCCGGCGCCGGGACGUUCGUUGUUCGGCCGUUUGGGUUCACCGUCUCCCAAAAAGAAACGCAACAAUUCGACUCCAACCAAGAAAAACGCCGCUGAUAAAAAACAAAUACUCCAACAGUUGAUUUCGCCGGUCAACAAGCACUCAUCAAAACGAGUGAGCUUAGGUGAGCUGAUUCAAAUGAGUGAGCAAAAGAGUAACGGCAUACAAUCGGCACCGAGCGUUAUCAUUAAGGAAACUAAAUUUUCUGAUCCCGCUUUGACGGCGUUGAAUGAUCCGAAAUUAGAAAAGAAAGUAACAUUUGCAAGAUUGCUAAAUAAAGUCAGUGCCGAGAUGAGCAGCGGCUCUGAUAUGGAAAUGGGGAUAAUGCAAAGUACCAGGUUGGGAUGUAUUUUUCCUAGAGCAUCCAGCACUCCACCAUCACCUAGUGUGCUCAAUAGAAGCCCUAACAGCACUUCAAGCAAUCAAGGAAGUGACUCAUUUACUAGCUCAGAGCUAGCCAUACCAAGUGCACUAAGUGCCAGCAUAUCUGACUUACUAAUAAACAGAAGACAGGGCACCGUGGGCAAACAAAAACCUGCAAGUGCAGACUCAAUAUUAGCCAUGUUUAAAAAUUUCAGCUCCAGCUCAGCCGGAGCCAAUUUACCAUCUUCCUUGAAACUUUCCCCAUCAACUACUCCAACAGCUUCGAGCCCUCACGACGACAUGGUGGGCGACGACGAGUCAUCUUCAUCCUCAGCUCACACUCCAGUAUCGUUUUCGAGCGAGAGUCCGAUACAUUACAGCUACAAUCAGAGCACCAUCGAAGUGCCAGUUCUGGAUCCACUAAGCGCAGGAAGCGGUACCAACCUGCUCUACCCUCCGACCAUUCUAUUAGAAAUACCGAGCACAAUCAACAAGUGCCUUUCGCCCAUUAGAGAACUACCCACUCCGUUGCCUUCGCCCAUGCCAUCGCCCGCAAUCACUCCUCUAAUAAUGCGCCGAAGUCAAAGUCCCAUAUUUAGACGUAUGCAAAUAUCAGCGUCUUCGUUGGAAGAUGAUAUGAUAUCCGUAGAGAUUCCGAAUAUAUCCGUGAGCGCUAGCGAGGAGGACGAAAUCCGAUGUGCCGAUAUUGCCAUAGAUCCACAAGCUGAAGACGGGCUGAUUUUUGAGGAAGCUGCCGCUAUGCAACACUGUGCCUUAUUUAAGACAAAGAUUCGUCCUCCACCACUGGGCCAGCUCACCGACAAAAACCCACCAUCGUCGUCGCAUCCGCCUCUAGUAAUACCAACCCUAACCAUCGAAACGCCAUCCCCGACUCGCAAAACCCCAACCCUCCUAAUACCGGGCUCGCCGCCGCCUCAACGCGGCCGCCCUCAGCACCAAGACGCCUUCCAAUUCCCGGCGCCGGCCAAAUCCAACCGUAAAAUGUUCAAGGAUUUUGAAAAACCCACCUCCUUGGACUUGCCUGGGGCCCCACCCCUUAUAACAAUCACUUGUAACAUGAGUGAAGCUGAAUCCGACUUGGAAAGUAUAUCGCCUAACGUUAAACUCACACAUCAUCAUCCUCCUGGCAUGACUUAUCUGAGUCCGUUUUCGAUGGCUCAUAGAAAUGAGCAGCACGCUUCCGAAUCAAAUCUAAGCUCUUCUGGAUAUAGUUCGAUGGCUAGUCCAGGACCUUCGAGAUGCGGCUCCAGUAAUCCCUUGUGUCCGUCUGAAAUGGAAGAUCAAGGGCCUCCGGGUUCUGGAGGCUGUUCCAGGCGGCAGUCUUUGACUCCUGUGCUCAGAGGUGGUAGUCCUGCAAAUAAUGACUCAAAACCUAACCAAGGCGAGCAAAGAAGAGGCAGAUCAGAUUCUGAAACUUUAUCUGACGAUCCUCUGUUAGAGUCUAAUGAUGAAGGUAUUGGCACUGAUCAUAUAGAUGAAAAAAUUGAUGAAGGUGAGGUGAAAAGUGCAAAAGAGCUUGAAGUUUUCAUGACAGAUGGUAACGAGCCUAAAAUAACGUUACUAGACUUACCAGUUCCACGUCUAGCUAAAUGUAUAAGUAUAGAGAGCUCUAUGGAUAGGCUAAUAGCCCCUCUGACUAGCUCUAGCAGCAAAAACUCUUUGCAAUUGCCUUCAAUUGUGGUGCAACUCGACUCUGCUAAUGGUGAAAAAUAUUUAAGUCCCAUGAGCUCGCGUAGCGAAAGCCCUCUGAGCGAUCGUACUACUGGUAUGGGAAGGUUUUCGCCAUUAUUUUACGGCAAAAACAAGGAUUUGCUACCGUUCACCGACUCGGACGGGCUGUACGAUUUUCCUAGCAGCGACAAAGUCAACGUGGCAACUUAUCAACACAAAAAGGUGGGCAGAAAACGUGAAAAACGUGCCUUGAGAGCCAAAACACCCAGUCCUACUAAGCAAAAUUUAACUUGGUACAAUCAUUUGGAUGUUCCUAGUAAUAAGGAUGCAUACUACAAGGUACCGCCUCCAAGGAAAUUAAGUCCUAAACGUAGACUGGCUCGUACUCAAGUGGUUAGUUCUUCUUCGAGUUCCGAAAGUAUUACUUCAACAAGGGAACUACGGCACUCUUCUUCGAGUCCCAGUCCCGAUACUAUUCGAUGGAUGGAUGGUAAACAUCCUAGGUCAUUGGAUAUGUUAGCUGAAGACAAGGAUGACUCCAACCCUAGCACUCCAAUGUUAUCCAGAUCAUUGGAGUUUACUAAGAAUCAGCCAAAGUAUCAGAAAGUUAGCAGGCUUAAGGCGAUUAGUAACCAAAUCAGAUUCCUGCGUAGACUGGAACAAAGUUUGAAGAAACGCGAACGUACUGCCAGUUCGUGUUCCGAUAGUUUCGACAGUGGAGACGAAUCUCCAAUGCUUGCGACUUCGCCAUUGUUGCAACCGACGAAAACCGUGGAAAUUCGAAAAAGUACCAGCAUGAGCGGCAAGUUGCAGCAACCUGGGAACCACCGCGGUACGAAGUACAAACAGUGGGAUUCGUUGCAGGAACGGACCUGGCCGAAAGAGUUGGGGAUGAAAAGUGGAAAUUCGGAAUAA